CGUUAAGUAAGUUCGCUCGUAAGAACGCUCGUCUUGACGAUUUUUUGUAUCUAUUGACGGCGAUUGAUUAACGUUUUCAUUUCCGUGUAUUCGCAAAUUUGUGCGCGCAACGGGCGCGAGAAUAUCAAAAGGCUGCGAAAUAUAACUGCGCCGCGUAUUGUGUGCGAAGGAAACGAGCGUGAGAAAGCGAGAGAAGACGAUAAAUCGCGAUCCGAAUUUCGUGGAUAAGAGAGAGAGAGAGAAGGAGGAGGUCGGCCGUGUCCACACAGGAAGUAGACGACAGGAGAAGGGGGAACGUCGAAGGCAGUUAAGUCUGGUUAAGUCGGUGGUGGCUACAUGUGGAUAUCCGCCGGUCGCGACGAGAACAUUCGUAUUAAGGAACAGGCGUAAAAUCUCGUCGAAUCGCCGACGACCAAACUCGUGUUGAUCACGCCAAACGUAAAACUGAUCUCCGUUAGCCAUGCAGAUGGAUCCGACGACGUUGCAACUGAUCCAAGUCCUCGAGAGGACGAUCUCGUCUGAUAAAAAUGAGCUCGUUCCGGCGCAAACUUUUCUGCAGCAGGCAGCUGACAGCAAUCUUCCUGAAUUCUUGCAAAGACUUAGCGCUGUAUUAUUCACCGUCAGUGCGAGUCACAUUGCUCGCAUGGCAGCAGGUCUACAGUUCAAAAAUCAACUUACCUCCAAAGAUCCUGAACUAAAGUACCAGUACCAGCAACGAUGGCUCACCAUCCCUCCUGAAACUAGGAACUAUAUUAAGAAAAAUAUUUUAGGAGCAUUGGGAACAGAAAAUAAUAGGCCAAGUUCGGCAGCACAAUGUGUUGCUUACAUUGCUGUUGCCGAAUUACCCGUGGAUCAGUGGACCGAAUUAAUUCCAUUAUUAGUCAAUAAUAUUGUCAACACGUCCAGUACCGAAAUGAUGAAAGAAGCAACUUUGGAGUCCAUUGGAUAUAUCUGUCAGGAAAUUGAAAGUGAAGUUCUGGUCCAACAAUCAAACGAAAUUCUUACAGCUAUCAUUCACGGUAUGAAGGGUUCGAGUACCUCAAAUCAUGUUCGAUUGGCGGCUACAAGCGCCUUGUACAAUUCUCUGGAAUUCACCAAAGGAAAUUUCGAAAAGGAGUCAGAACGAAAUUUCAUAAUGGAAGUAGUAUGCGAAGCCACUCAGUCAAGCAACACCCAAAUCAGAGUAGCUGCACUGCAAUGUCUUGUAAAAAUAAUGUCAUUAUAUUAUCAAUACAUGGAACCAUAUAUGGCUCCAGCACUGUUUCCUAUUACUUUAGAGGCCAUGAAAUCCGAUAUUGAUGAAGUAGCACUUCAGGGAAUUGAAUUUUGGUCGAACGUAUCUGAUGAGGAAGUUGAUUUGUCGAUGGAAGAAGGAGAAGCAUCGGAAGGAGGUCGUGUUCCAGCAAAAGUAUCCCGACAUUAUGCUAAAGGAGCUUUGCAAUAUUUGGUACCAGUUUUAAUGAAAAAACUGACGAAACAAGAAGAAUACGACGAUGAGGAUGAUUGGAACCCAUCGAAAGCUGCUGGAGUAUGUUUAAUGUUGUUAUCCUCUUGCUGCGAAGAAGCCAUUGUUCCAUACGUUCUUCCUUUCGUCAAUGAAAAUAUAAAAAACAGUGACUGGAGAUAUAGAGAUGCGGCGCUAAUGGCGUUUGGUUCGAUACUGGGUGGUCUGGAACCCGCCACAUUGAAACCGCUGGUAGAGCAAGCCAUGCCCACUUUAAUCGAACUAAUGUACGACAGUAGCGUUGUUGUACGUGACACUGCUGCAUGGACAUUUGGCCGUAUAUGCGAGAUGAUCCCAGACGCCGCGAUCAAUGAAACCUACUUGAAACCACUUUUGGAAUCUUUGGUGAACGGCUUAAAAGCAGAACCUCGUGUUGCUGCUAAUGUAUGUUGGGCGUUUACGGGACUAGCAGAGGCAAGUUAUGAAUCUGCGGAGGCAGGCGAAGAUGGUAAUCAGCCAGAAACAUAUUGUAUGUCACAGUACUUUGAUUUUAUCGUUCAACGACUCCUAGAAACUACAGAUCGGCCGGAUGGCGCACAAGCGAAUCUGAGAUCCGCUGCUUACGAGGCUCUGAUGGAAUUGGUGAAGAAUUCACCGCGUGACUGUUACGUGACCGUGCAAAAAACCACGAUGGUGAUACUCGACCGCUUGCAACAGGUGUUACAAAUGGAGUCUCACAUACAGAGCCACAUCGAUCGUGCCCAGUACAAUGAUCUACAAUCGUUACUCUGUGCCACACUGCAGUCCGUAUUGCGUAAGGUGACAACAGAAGAUGCUCCGCGAAUAUCAGACGUAAUAAUGACUGCUCUUCUGGCCAUGUUUAGUUCGAAUUCUUGUAAAUCGGGCGGUGUGCAGGAAGAUGCGCUUAUGGCCGUCUCGACCCUUGUCGAAGUUUUAGGAGAAGGCUUUUUAAAAUACAUGGAAGCGUUUAAGCCAUAUCUUUGUCUUGGUCUGAAGAAUCAUGCCGAAUAUCAGGUCUGUUGUGCAGCAGUUGGCCUUACCGGUGAUAUCUGUCGAGCGCUCAAGAGUGAGAUGUUACCCUACUGUGACGAAAUCAUGACGUUGUUGCUCGAGAAUUUGGGUAACAACGCAGUUCAUCGUUCGGUCAAGCCGCAAAUCUUUUCGGCCUUUGGUGAUAUCGCUAUGAGCAUUGGGCCGGAAUUUAAGAAAUAUCUCGAAGUCGUAUUACAGACACUUAUUCAGGCGUCCCAGGCUAACGUCGACAGGACUGACUACGAUAUGAUCGAUUACUUGAACGAACUACGCGAAGGUGUACUCGAAGCUUACACAGGCAUAGUUCAAGGUCUCCGCGGAGAUGGGAAUAACGGUCCGGAUGCCGCCAUUGGUCUUAUCGAGCCUCACGUGCCGUUUAUCAUACAAUUUAUUACAUCGAUAGCGCAAGACCGCGAGCAUUCUGAAGGCAACGUGUCGGCUGCGUUGGGUCUCUUAGGCGAUCUCGUUAUGGUAUUCGGAGUCAAACUGUUGCCUAUGGUGGAAACCGAGCCGCUCAACGACUUGCUGGCUAAAGGCAGGAAGUCCCGCACUCACAAAACUAAACAACUUGCAAGCUGGGCUGCAAAGGAAAUUCGAAAGCUCAAGUCGACCGCUCAAGCUAACGCAACGUCUAGUUGAUCACCCCACGGUUGUACUGUCGUGCAAUUUGAUUUGACUAGAAAGCUAUCAAACACAAUACAAAAACAACAAGAUUGGAUGGUGCGGAUGCGAGUUGAUGGAUGUGCGUGAGUUCCGAAGCGAUGAUGACGAGAUGAUGGAGUGAUGAGUCUGCACGUGUCCUUAUCUGGCGACGGUAUUUUAUCGAUUAUAAUAUCGACGUCGAGCGCAGCCUAUAUGAUCCCAGAGAAAGGGAUUUUAGCGAGAAAGCGAGAGCGAAAGAAAGCGAGAAUGAAAGAGAGAGUGUGAGAGAGAGAGAGAAA